GACACGAAAAGCUACGAGGCAAAAUCGGGAAUGAAAAUUUAAAAGCAGUGGGCAUUUCCCGGACGCGUUCACUGGUUUAGAGAAGCUGAAACCAUUCUGUACAUCUUAAAAUUCCGGAGAGGUCCAUUGAGAGAACUGCAGUAUCUCUCCAGUAAUGCAUAGUGUAGAUUAUCGGACGCCGAAGCAGUGAGAUGCUUUCAGCAAAAGAAAUGACACCACAACAAAUCAUGCAGCAGUCAAGCAACAAUUUGUGCCACUUGGUACUCGCAAUUGACUCAUUUCCGAUAAAAGUGGUUAAUAACAAGACAUAAUGUGAUAAUUCAUUUAGUUCGGGAGCAGAAGAUAAAAAGAAAAUUUAGGAGGACAAUUUUGUUUGAUUCUUUUUUCAUUUGGAAAGAAAAAGAGGAUUUUUAUUUUUAUUUUUUUUUCCAGGACAAAAAGUGUGUUGCAUGGAAAUAUGUGUUUCAUUGUAAUCCAUUGUAUAUUUUUUCUUAUCAUGGAAUUAAUACCGAUUUUAAAAGGACAGACCACACAAGUAUCCAUAUAUCUUAUAAUGCCUGACCGAGCCAAACUGAACAGAAAUCUUAAAAGCACAUUUUCCGAAGCAGUUUUUACAGUGGGAACAAGGGUAUUUAGGAAGUCUCCCAUAUUUUCAAAUUUAAGGAUAAAGCGACACGAUACUAUUAUAGACAAGGAAAACCCUCAUGAAAUUUUGGAUAUGUUUUGUGAAACUAUAUUCCAGUCGCAUGUGAAUACUAUUUUGUAUUUUCAAUUACAUCCAACGAAGGAUCCAACACCUAAGUUUAUCAUAAAUAUGGCGGAAUACUUAAAAAUACCGGUCAUUUCCUGGGAUCCACAAUAUCCAGGCGCUCUGCAGCAUAAGCAAGAUUCUACUGUUCUUCAAAUGGCACCGACCAUAUAUCACCAAUGUUCUAUGAUGCUUGGAAUUUUGAAGAGGUUUAAUUGGACUAAUUUCGCCAUCGUGUCAACAACGACGUUUAAUUACUUGGAAUUUACUGGAUCCAUUGACAUUCUCAUCAAGGAACACAACACUAAGGUUAAAUUCGAUAGAAAACGCAGAUUUAAUCUUCUCUCAUCCAUAGUUGUUAAUCUCCGGCCAUCGGACAAUGACACAGUGAUCAAAACCAAAUCCAGACAGGCCUUAUUAAAAGAGAAUAAUCCGGAGAAUAGAGUCUUCCUUAUCCAUGUUAGUUCUAGGGAGGCAAAAGACAUACUGGAAGUGGCAGAAGAACUGGGUCUAACGGGAAAAGAAUACAUUUGGAUCAUGUCUUCUUUCUGCUUAGGAAAUAUGGACUAUUCCAUGCCACCAAGGGCUUAUCCGCUCGGAAGUUUAGGCGUUACAUACUCCAGCAUUUCGAAGGAUGGAUUUGAAGAUCAGCUGAUAGACGAUGCACUGAAGACUUCGGUCAGACUUUGGGUUGAGACUCUUAAGAAAACGUUUAUAAACAAGGAUCAAUAUAAGAUAUCUCCCAAUUUUUCCUGCAACUCUCAACAGCCACUCCAACAAUGGCUGGAUGGAGAAAAGUUCUAUCGAGUGAUGAGAAGUGUUCGAUUGGAUAGGCCCACGCCUAUUCAAUUCAGCAACAACGGUGUGAACCAGCUUGUAAAAUUAAGGAUAGUGAAUAUUCAGCAGAUGACCGAAAAUCAUAGAACUUCAAGAGUCUGGAAAGAGGUAGGUAGAUGGGUACCUAUGGAAUCUAAUGUCACACACAAAGCAGAAAUGACAGUUGAAAUGUCGGGAAUCACGUGGCCGGGAAAUGCCGUGUUACCCCCGCUGGGAAGACCCGAGAAACGAUUCAUGAGGAUUGUCACUUUAAAGGAAAAACCUUACGUGUUCUACCUGGACAAGGAUGCUAAUGGAAAAUGUCCCCCACCUGCUGUGCCCUGUCGGCUGGUGAAGAAGAUUAACCCUGAAAACAACAAUACUCCACAAAACAACACGGUGUCCCGGUGCUGUGCUGGGCUAUGUAUCGAUAUCUUAAGGGUGCUUAGUUCAAAGAUGCAGUUUGAUUACGAAUUGUACGAGGUUCCAGACCAAACAUGGGGACUUCCAGAUCAGCAAACAGGGGAAUGGAACGGGUUGAUUAAGCAAAUUCAGGAUGGUUUGGCAGACAUGGUUCUGACGUCAUUGAAAAUAACCCCAAAACGUAGCGAAGUUGUCGAUUUCUCCAUCCCCUUCCUGGAGACCGGCAUCACUAUAAUGGUUUCCAUCAGAAAGGGAAACAUCUCACCUACGGCAUUCCUAGAGCCGUACGAUUAUCCGUCAUGGUGCGUCAUUUUGGUGUUCAGUGUGCACGUGACCGGAGCCGCCAUAUUUAUUUAUGAAUGGCUAAGCCCCCAAGGACUAAACAGGGGCGCCACUCCAUUGAGAGAACACAGAUUUUCCCUAUUCCGAUCUUUUUGGUUAAUCUGGGCUAUGCUCUUUGGUGCCUCCGUGUCCACAGACAACCCCCGAGGGGUUUCGAGUAGAUUCCUUUCCAACGUGUGGGCUCUGUUCGCAUUAGUCUUCUUGGCAUCCUAUACAGCAAAUCUGGCCGCUUUCAUGAUCACGAAAGAUGAAUAUUACAACUUGUCCGGAAUAAAGGACUGGAGGCUGACCAAUCCAUACUUCAUGAAUCCUCCGUUCAAGUUUGCCACUAUUCCUAAUGGCAGCACAGAGGAAAACCUGAGGAAGAAUCAUUACAAUAUGUAUAAAUACAUGCAACGUUACAACAGAGCAACGGUGGACGACGCAGUAAAGGCGCUGAAACAAGGGAAGAUCCAAGCCUUUAUUUACGAUGCCACACCUCUGGAGUAUCAUACGGGAAAUGACGACAACUGCGAGCUGAAGACGGUUGGAGAGAAAUACGCCAUGACAGGUUACGGUCUUGCCGUACCUCAGAAAGCCAAAUAUCUAGAAGAAAUCAACGAAGUCAUUCUGGAACUUCAAGAAAACGGCGAACUAGAAAGAUUAAGAAGAUUCUGGUUGGCUGGUGCUUGUCACGUGAAGCGAAAACGAGGCCAAUCCAGUCAUACUAUUGGUAUUCCAAAUUUCACCAGUGCUUUCAUUUUGCUGGCGUCUGGUGUACUUCUUGGUGGUCUGGUGUUGUUAUUGGAACAUUUGUAUUUCAAAUUUGGUCGUCGAUGUCUCCGGAAAUACGACAAAAAUAUGUGCUGUUCACUUGUUAGCUUGAGCAUGGGCCGAUCCCUAACCUUUGAACAGUCUGUUAUGAAAGCCUUGGCUAGAGAGAAACACAAAGAAUGCAAGAACCCUCGAUGUGAACUUUUAUUGUGGAAGGAAAAGCAUCAUCAUGAUUUAUCUCUGCUUUACAUAAACAAACUCAAAGACCAACUUCAGAGCUAUGGAAUAACACCAGAAGAGGACCCGAUGAAACAACUAGAAAUUUGUGAUACUUUUGAUAAACAUAAUGGAUAUCCAACUACGUGUCAAUUUCUGCAAAGUCCAUUCAAAAGUAUAGAAAACAGACACGAAUGCCAUCAGUUAGACUCUUAUGACAGUACGCCCGUCAGGUGGAAAAGGAGGUCCUUAAAGCGAUCUCCGAGUUACACAAACGCUGUGGAAGUGCCCGUUCCCGAGAUCUCAGAAAAACAAAAAGUGCGAUUCAAUGAAGGGAAAUUUUAUUACGAGGUAGACAACGAGGGUUCUGAUCAGGAGAUACUUUGAUCCAUUUCUGGAUUGGGGUGUCAUUGUGUGGGCUCCAUUUUAAUUGUGUACGUGUGUUUGACGUUUACCUUAGUUGUUAAGGUAACUUAAAUGUUGACAUCGCCUGUGCAGGUCCAUUGCCCAGAGAUUGUAUUCUUUAGGCCAAUUUAAGUCUUUUUUUAAAACAAUAAAAAUUUGUAUUAUUAUUUGCAAUACAUUUGGAGGAAAUUUUAUAAAACCAGUCUAGGACAAAGGCGCAAAUAAUGCUGAAAUAACCUACAUUUGUAUGAUCCUAUGUGAAAAGCAAAACCAAGACAGAGAACUGUUUUAUUUUGCAUUGAUGUCAUAUUCAUUAUUCCGUUCUAAGUCUGCUUCAUAAACUUACAAAUAUGAACAAUUUCAAAACAUGGAGAUUUAUGUCUGUUGUGAAGAAGAGAGUGCGUCGGUGUGAAAAUGUUAAUUGUUUGAAUGCAGUACUAAUGUAUGAUGGGUAAAUAAAUCAUUGUACACAUCUUUAGCAUAAUCAUUGAGAAAAAAAACAUGAAAAGUAUUGUAUAGUAUCAAGAUGACCGUUAAGGUUAAUUGACUAUUAGUAUAUCAAGUUCAAAGUAAACUAUUGUGUCUCACCAACUGUCAUUCCAUUUUAUUAUAUGAACUACAUUUUCCAACAAUGUCCUUUAUCCAUGAAAAAUAUACUAUAUCCAAAGACAAAAGAUUUUGAAAUUUCUUUGUUGAUAAACAUUAAUUAUGAUAAU